GGGGCGCGGCGCGCGGGAGGCCGCGAGAGGCCGGAGAGGCGAGCCGGGGCGCGGGAGCGAGGCCGCCCCGAGCACGGAGCCGGGGCACCGCAGCGCCUGCAGCCGCGGGCGCGCCGAGGACAGCGCGCGGUUGAGCGCGCGCGGCGGGGGCGAGCAGGCCCUGCCCGCCCCUUCCGUCCCCACCCCCUUCCGCCCCUUCCUCUCCCCACCGUCCUCGCCCGUCCAGCGCCCCUGCUCUGGGCGCCUGCCGUGUCCUCCUCCUGCCGGAGCGCUGUCCGCGGCGGCGGCCGGAGAGGGCCGGGCCGGGCCGGCGGGCCGGGGGAUGGCGCUGCUGGACCUGGCCCUGGAGGGAAUGGCCGUCUUCGGGUUCGUCCUCUUCUUGGUGCUGUGGCUGAUGCAUUUCAUGUCCAUCACCUACACCCGAUUACACCUCAACAAGAAGGCAACAGACAAACAGCCAUAUAGCAAGCUCCCAGGUGUCUCUCUUCUGAAACCACUGAAAGGGGUAGAUCCUAACCUAAUCAACAACUUGGAAACAUUCUUUGAGUUGGAUUAUCCCAAAUAUGAAGUACUCCUUUGUGUACAAGAUCAUGAUGACCCAGCCAUUGAUGUAUGUAAGAAGCUUCUUGGAAAAUAUCCAAAUGUUGAUGCUAGGUUGUUCAUAGGUGGCAAAAAGGUUGGCAUUAAUCCCAAAAUUAAUAAUUUAAUGCCAGGAUAUGAAGUUGCAAAGUAUGAUCUUAUAUGGAUUUGUGAUAGUGGAAUAAGAGUAAUUCCAGACACACUUACUGACAUGGUUAAUCAAAUGACAGAAAAAGUAGGCUUGGUUCAUGGGCUGCCUUACGUAGCAGACAGACAGGGCUUUGCUGCCACAUUAGAACAGGUAUAUUUUGGAACUUCACAUCCAAGGUCCUAUAUCUCUGCCAAUCUAACUGGCUUCAAAUGUGUGACAGGGAUGUCUUGUUUAAUGAGAAAGGAUGUGUUAGAUCAAGCUGGAGGGCUUAUAGCUUUUGCACAAUACAUUGCUGAAGAUUACUUUAUGGCCAAAGCAAUAGCUGACCGAGGUUGGAAGUUUGCAAUGUCCACUCAAGUUGCAAUGCAAAAUUCUGGCUCAUAUUCAAUUUCUCAGUUUCAAUCCAGAAUGAUCAGGUGGACCAAAUUGAGAAUUAACAUGCUUCCUGCUACGAUAAUUUGUGAGCCAAUUUCAGAAUGCUUUGUUGCCAGUUUAAUUAUUGGCUGGGCAGCGCACCAUGUAUUUAGAUGGGAUAUUAUGGUAUUUUUCAUGUGUCAUUGCCUGGCGUGGUUUAUAUUUGACUACAUUCAACUCAGGGGUGUCCAGGGUGGCACACUAUGUUUUUCAAAACUUGAUUAUGCGGUUGCAUGGUUCAUCCGUGAAUCCAUGACAAUAUACAUUUUUUUGUCAGCAUUAUGGGACCCUACUAUAAGCUGGAGAACUGGUCGCUACAGAUUGCGCUGUGGAGGUACAGCAGAGGAAAUCCUAGAUGUAUAACUACAGCUUUGUGACUGUAUAUAAGGAAAAAAGAGAAGUAUUAUAAAUUAUGUUUGUAUAAAUGCUUUUAAAGAUCUACCUUCAGUAGUUUUAUCACAUGUAUGUUUUGGUAUCUGUUCUUUAAUUUAUUUUGCAUGGCACUUGUAUCUGUGGGGGGUGGGAGAAACACAUCUGUAGUCUUGGCCAAAUGGUACAUUUUAUUUUGUGGAAGUAGGGAAUCAAGAAAAUUGGUUCUAGGAACCUAGAUUUGUUUUUUGUUGUUUGUUUAUUUUUUUAAAUAAAUAAAUACAUAUAUAUAUAUAUGAAUGCUCUGCAACAAACACUAUGACAGUAUCCUUCAGUAGAGAAAGUUUCUUAUUUGUGAGUACACUCUUAGAACAUUUAUGGGUGGGGUGGCAGCAACUUUGUUUUGGGGUUUAGAAAAGACUAGAAGGUAAUGACUUUUCAUGGUUAAAAUGAAUGGUAUUAUGUAGUGAACAAGCCACAGUGAGGUACUAACUGAGAAACUUUUUCAUGCUUUAUGCCUACCUCUUGUAGUUGUUGCAGAGCAAAUAUGAAUUGUAAUAAGGAAUCUAGGCCUUGCAAAAACAAAUGGAAAACUUUUUAAAAAUAUUAAUAAUAAUAAAAGAGCUGGUGUCUAGUAUUUACAUGAAUCUGCAAGAGAGAUUUUUUUUGAUCUCACUGCGAUGAACCAAAAGUGGCUGAGUUUGAUUUUUAAUUGUAACCAUGUAUUGAAGGCAUCUUUUUGACCAACUCUUGUUGGUUCUGUCUCGAACCAUUGUUAAUCACUGUGCUGUAAUAAGUAUAGCUAAAUCUUUCCUUCCCUGCUCCUUACCUGACCCACCCCACCUUUCCUUAACUCUUUUUCAAGGGGGGAGGGGGGUGGGUGAUUUUGUUUUAGUGUGAGUGGAUGUUUUGAUAGUUGUAAGGAAAAAAUGCAUUUCAGACACAUUUCACACGUGAGCUAUUUUCUUACACAGUAUGUCUUAUUGUUAAUAAGAAUGUAAUUUCAUGAUACAGGUGUUUAAUAUCUUUUUUAAGUAAGUAAAUAUUCUAGCCAUCAAUAAAUAAAUUGCAGUAGAGUAUUAAGAGGGGACAGGAUGAGUUUUACUCUUAAAAUUAAUCAGUAUCAAAUUAAGUCUACUGGGUGUGUGUGUGUGUUUUUUUUUUUUUUUUUUUUUUACUGUGAUAGUCUAGCCUUAUUUAAAUUGGAUUUUUGUAUUCUAGUUUGUAUGACAAAAUAGACUAGAUCAGCUCUGGUUGUAAAUGCAUGCUCUACUUCACUCUUCUCUCUCCAUCAGGCUGCUGAACUUGCUUAUCAGGUUGUGCUUAUCUCGUGGUGAACUGGACUUGUUUUUGUUUUAAAACAAACAAAAAAAAAAAGCAAAAAUGUAAGGGGCAGUGCAUAAGCCUUUCUUUUUUUUUUUUUUUCUUUGUGAUAUUUUGCUUUUUCUUCAGGAUUGGAUGGCAUGUUGUCCAUAUGAAUGCCUACUGCAGGGCUGACACUGGCAAUUUGGCAGCUUUAAAUUCUCAGUUACUGUGGUUUCCAUGUCAAAGCAUAAUGUGUAGCAUAUUAGCAAUAACUACAUAUUUAUAGAAAAUGAACACUUUUUCACUUUACUGAGCCAAUUCAUUUAAUUGAUGACUAUAUACAUGGUUUAAAUUGCAAUAUAUCUAUAAAUGUGUAUAUACUGUGUAUACACAUUCUAUUAUGCUCCUCUCUGGGCCAAACUGCUUCAUCCAAAAUUUUUUUUUUUUUUUUUUUUUUUUUUUGCCUUAUGAUGAAUUUGUUUGAAGGGCAUUUUCUUCAUGAACAAAGGCUUGGAUGCAUAUUCCUUUCUGUGUGUGAAACGAGUGGUAUCGUUCCUGAGGAAAGUUGCACAGUGAAAACCAGUCUAGUUGUGACCCACUACCUGUUUUGUUUUGUUUUUAAUCACUGUUCCAUGAGUCGAAUUUUGCUGACCGUGUUUAUAAUGUGUUGGUUUGUUUAAUGAAGUUUGGUUGAUGCCAUCCUUUGCACUGCUGAAGUGAAAUCUGGCUUAUUACUUAGCUUUUUGUUGAUCUCAGUAUGGGCAAUGUAACAACAAAACCAAAAUGGCUGGACAGACUUCUUGUGUUUUGUAAAUAUGAAUAAUGACUGUUCUGUAUGUGUGUUUUACAUGGCAGUGAAGUAUUUCCUUAAAGUGAAGCUUCACUUAAGUAGACAGAGUGAUUCUUUGUUUAGCAAGUUUGAAGUGAUGAUAAAAUGGUAAGAAUAAUGCAAAUGUUGAAGAAAGCAUCACAACAGAACUGUAGGAGUCCAAAUUAAAUAAACGGUCUAAAAAAAAAUGUCUAGAAUAUACCAUGUUUUAUUAUUUAAUAUU